CCCAUUAGGAAUCAGCAGCCGCGUACACUCGCAUAACUAAUCCCAGCACAGCACGAGCUCACCACCCACCAACAGCAUGAGGCCACAGGUGCUGCUCGCCGCCCUGGCCGUCGUCGCCGUCCUGGCAGCAGCUCUGCCCCUCGCCCACAGCCAAGGCACGACGCUGUGCUGCGACAAGUGCGGCAUCUGCACCAGGUCUUUCCCGCCGCAGUGCAGAUGCAUGGACGUCUCUCCGACCGGUUGCAUCCCGGCAUGCAAGAACUGCGCCAAGUCCACCGUCGGCGGCCGCGACAGCUUCCAGUGCAAGGAUCUCAUCACCAACUUCUGCAACACCCGCUGCACUAAGGCCGCGUGAUUAUAUUGGACCUCUUGUCGUCGUCCUAAUAAUGCCCAUUAGCUUGUGCUUUUCCAGUUUCUUUUCAGUCUUUCCGGUUGACUCUGCAUCUUUAUCUGGGUAGAUGCCUAGAAGAAAUGAUUCUUGCUCGUCGUUCCUUCUUGUGUCUGAAAUAAACAACAUAUUUUUUUCCGCAAAAUCUUCAUGUAUGCACGGAAUGGAAUGCAAUAUGGAUUCACAUCCAAAUCACCAACCA